CGAGACGUGGAGGGGCAAAAUACGCUAAUGACAGCAAGUACAUACAGCAAGUUAGUUGCCCAACCUUGCCAACCGUGUGAGAGGAGAGCGCGGGUGGCCGGCAUCUCUGGACCCCUGUAGCUCCGACAUGGUACUGCCACUUUGUCGGGGGAGCUGCGUGCUGUGAGCUAGGUUAGGUAAGUGGUAAGUUAAGCACGUAGACUGGUACACUGGACUGGUCUUUUGGGGAGCUGCCGCGCCAUAGCGUGUUUGCCUUGCCUUCUAUUGCCCUGCGCCGAGCAACGACGACCUUCAGCCUGACACCGGUGCAGCUAACCUGACCCGAGCUGCUCAGCAUCACCACCACCACAACUCCAUCGCCGACCACCACCUUUCACGAUUCAUCUGACGACUAUCUACGCUUCGCCAAACAGCUCCUGGUUGUGCCUAUCACUUGACCCGACACAUCACAUUUCAUAGACAGUCACAAUGUCGUCACCUUUCAGCAUAAAUGGUGGCGCCUGUGUAGCCAUGGUGGGCAAGGACUGCGUCGCCAUUGCCUGCGACCUGCGCCUCGGUCUGCAAGCCCUGACGGUAUCCAACAACUUCCCCAAGAUCUUCCAGUACGGCGACGUAUUCUUGGGUCUCACAGGCCUCGCCACCGACGUCUCCACCGUCUCCGACCUCUUCCGCUACAAGGUGAACAUGUACAGACUCAGAGAGGAGCGCAACAUCGCCCCCACCACCUUUGCCAACCUCGUCUCCAGCAGCCUGUACGAGAAGCGCUUUGGUCCCUACUUUGUCUCUCCCGUCGUCGCCGGCCUCGAGCCCAAGACCGGCAAGCCUUUCAUCUGCGGGUUUGAUUCCAUCGGCUGUAUCGACUUCGCCAAGGACUUCAUCGUUAGCGGAACGGCGUCGGACCAGCUGUUUGGCAUGUGCGAGGGUCUAUGGGAGCCCGACUUGGGCCCCGAGGAUCUGUUUGAGACUAUCUCACAAGCACUACUUAAUGCCAUCGACAGAGAUGCCCUUUCAGGUUGGGGUGCACACGUUUACAUCAUUGAGAAGGACAAGGUUACCAAGAGAUUACUAAAGGGUCGUCAAGAUUAAAAGGGCGCGAUGUUCGGCGUUUGGUGCAAUACGCGGCUCGAGCUUGAUAGAGACGACAAUAUCAAUCUUCGGGCCAUCGGCAGUCCUCACAAGAUAGACGGAGGACCACGGUCUUCGAAAAAUUACAUCUGACCGUUAGUUUUGCGGUCCCGAAUCGUGAUCUUGGACAUGUAUGGAGUUGACUAGAUGAAGAGAAUGGCUACUGCUACGGAAAUAGAGAGCCAGGUGACACAUCCUGUCAUCUUGUACCAAUAAACCGUGUUUUUAUUUC